UGAGGGGCCGCUGGAUGACCAAAGGUCAUGUGGAGGAAGAAACAGCCCCACGAAAAUCCCACUCAUCCCAAGGGCCACCACCACAAACCUUUGACGUCCUCCACCAACCGAACCGAAUGAGAUGCUGCACUUGUCCUGUAGCAAGUCUUCUAUCCACCCUCAGCCUCCCAAGUCAAGGGUUCCUCGCGCCAGGAACCCGACCAUGCCGUUGAGAUGCGCCCCAUCCUCGUCCUAGCACCGUCUCCCAGUCUUUGGCCCACCAGAAUCUGCUCAUCCUUUCUGCACAACACCGGUCUUCGGACCUCAUCUACUCGACCAUCCCUCUUGACCUGCAAGACCUCUGGUCUCUUCAACCUCCUCCCCGGUCGAUUGCGAAUGGCGUCAACACUCCCCUCGUCGCCCGUCUUCCAGGCCAUUGCCAAACACGACCCUCAAGCUCCCGCCAUUAUCCACAGCACCUCAAAUAGGACAUUCUGCUAUGGGAGCUUGCUUCACGAUGUCGCUUUUGCCAAAGACAAGUUGUCUGCUCUGGUCUCUGGCCGCUCGCUGGCUGGUGAGCGUAUAGCCUUUCUUGCAGAAAAUGGUUAUGACUAUGUAGUCACCUUCCUGUCCAUUCUAUCCCACAACGCCAUAGCCCUUCCGCUUGCCCCGACCCAUCCCGACUCUGAACUACGCUACAUCCUCGACAACAGCAAGGCUCUGCUCUUUCUUGCCACGGAGAAAUUUCAGGAAAAGGCCAACAAGGUGGUGCAGCAUAGCAUGGAGCACAUGCCCCAGCUAGAGAUUUUGUCCAAGAUCGAGACAGGUGCGGUCUCAGCUGAGAAUGUCAGGUUUAGCUCGGACACUGCACAGCAGGGUGGCUUCAUGCUUUAUACCUCAGGCACCACCAACCGGCCCAAGGGGGUGGUCUUGUCGACCCCCACCAUCACCGCUCAAGCCAUGUCUCUGAUUGAAGCCUGGGAAUACCGUCCAUCAGAUCUUCUUCUCCACGUGCUGCCUCUACAUCACAUCCACGGCACCAUCAAUGCCCUGUUUACCCCAUUGAUCGCCGGCUCGGCGAUUGAAUUCGCCUAUCCCUUCAACGCCGACACCGUGUGGAAGCGACUGGCCGCUCCUUUUCUCCCACACUCUCCGCCCACCAAGAAGCCCAUCACCUUCCUGACCGUGGUCCCCACCAUCUAUAACCGACUGCUCGCCUCCCAUCCACAGCUUGACGCAGAUAUGCAAGAAGCCACGCGGACAGCCAUCACUCAACAGCACAUGCGCCUCAACAUUUCGGGCUCCGCGGCAUUGCCGACGCCCAUCAAGUCGGCAUGGACCAAGCUGAGCAGCGGCAACGUUCUGUUGGAGCGUUAUGGAAUGACCGAAGUCGGCAUGGCCCUCUCAUGUGGUCUUGCGUACGAGGACCGAGUCGACGGAAGUGUGGGCUGGCCAUUACCGUCGGUCGAAGCCCGUCUAGUUGAGAGCGAGACUGGGCAAGUAAUUGAGCUAGGCGAGGAGCUCACUGCGGACGGAAAACUUCGCGAAGGAGAGAUCCAGCUGCGAGGACCAACCAUCUUCACCGAAUACUUCCGCAAUCCCAAGGCGACGGCUGAAGAGUUUGUCGAGGGAGAAGACGGCAAAGGGAAGUGGUUCAAGACGGGCGAUGUGGCGACGCGCCAGGUGGUUCCUGGAGCAGGUCACAGCCAGCAGUCCUGGGCCAAGGGUCCAAUGUAUUUCAUUCGCGGACGCAAAUCUGUUGAUAUCAUCAAGACGGGCGGAGAAAAGGUGUCUGCCCUCGAAAUCGAACGAGAGUUGUUGUCGUUGGCAGAAAUCAGCGAGGCUGCGGUGGUGGGACUACCGAAUGAGCAAUGGGGCCAGAAGGUGGCCGCCGUCAUUGUCCUGACUGAACAUGGUCUCACAGCAGGGAAAGGUGGCAAGCAAUGGAGUGUUAUGGAUAUGCGCAGAGCCCUCAAGGACCGACUGGCCAAUUACAAGAUCCCACAGGAACUGAUGGUGGUGGAAUCGAUACCCAAGAAUGCCAUGGGUAAGAUCAACAAAAAGUCUUUGAUCAAAGAGAUCUUUGGCCCCAGUGUUGCAGGAGCCUGAAUGGAGCCAACACGAGUGCUCUCUUUGUAUGUCAUGUACAGAUAUGUUGUUUUCCGUUUUCCAAAAUUAUACACUGUCGUGUGAGGCAUUGGGUAGAGAAUCCUACCAUGGACCAUGAAGACGAGCCAGACAUGACUUCCCUACUCCAACAUCUCUCAUGCAACACCAUUUCUCAUG